CAUUCAGCCUACCGCAUUCCAUCAGUCAAAGGAUUGAUUGAUUGUGAAAAGCUCGUCUUGUGUUUUACUCAGGUCAAGUGCUCGUGUCAAAUAACGAUAGAACAUCGACGCAAAAGCGCUUUUUCUAGGAGAGUACAAGACGUUUAGCGCUCUGGGGAGAUUUUGUGAACCUUCGAAUCGAUUGCCAAAAUUAGCAGGCUUUUUGAGGGGACGAACAUAUGUAAGGUUAGCUAAUUGGGCUUUUACAAUCUCCCAAGAACUCUUCUUUCACGAACGUAUCAGCAACACUGAGUGAGCAGCCAAUUGCUUCUAAAUUCAUUUUUGCUUUGCAAGUGAUUCUCUUUUGCAAUUUUGCUUUGCAAGUGAUUGUCUUUUGCUAUUGCAGUCGAGAGAAGAAAACACAAAUAGGCGCGUCUGCGGCUCCCGAACCCCCGCCAUAUUCUAGCAAGUCUUUUGAUCUCCACGCCCAUCACUUUCUCUACACUGGACGAAACGAACAUCUUCGCCUUUUCUUUGCUUUUACAUCUCGUUCCCUAUUCGGAGCUUUUAGCCGAGCACUUUUGAGCUGUAUAAGCACUAUGCCGAUUCGUAGCGACGGCAAGCCCCUCGAAUGUCAGAAAUCCCGCCGUGGUUCCUGGUCAUCGGAUGAGGGGAGUCAUCCGGAUCACAAAAACUGUAAAAGCAGCAGCGCUACCCUGGAUCCACCUAUCCUUGUCUACCACGAGUCGGCACGGAGUAUCGUUUUUCGUGAUCAUCUACGCCGGGCGGUCCGGAGGAGUGAGAGUUCCCGUUCGGACUCAGCCGGCAUCGAGCCUACAGUUCCCAGCGCUGUCGUUGCACAAACUCCCUCGAACCAAGCUGCAAACAAAAAAAUGGAUCACAUCUCACAGUGCCACACUAAUUUGGAUCCUUUAACUGCCUUUGUUGAAAAUGUCGAAGAAGAGUUUGGCUUAAAAAAAGCAGUUAUUCCGGCGAAAACGACCAUUCCUCCGACAGAACAGAUUAUUGGCUUCCUGCCCAAAAUCAAGCCCUUGCCACCCAUGCUCUUGGGACCAAAUGACCAGUUUGGGCUGCUUCUGAAUGCACCGGAUGGUUUAACAAAUCCGGCACCGGAUGAUUGGACUGCCGACGAACGCGAGGUCGUGGAAUUACUUCGAACGCAGCAUGCAUGCGUAAAAACUCUUAAGAACGCUGAUUGGACUCCGUUCUUGCGUCGCUUUUGUUUUCCGUUGCCAACCCGUGGAACGAAGCCUAAAUCGCAUGACGAUAUUCCUCCUGAUGAAGAGCAUCCUUUUAAUAGCUUUGUCACCUCAACGACCAUGCUGCCGUCGCUUGGUCUCAAGAUGAGAGCAUAUGGCUCCUCCACACAAUACACUACCGGGGUUGUGUUUGCUAUGCCCCGCGUUUUUCCGGAUGACGACACCGAGGAUGAAGCACAGGCGCGGACAGAGACUUGGUCGUGGCCAGCAGGGUACUCUGCUAAAACUGAAUUUAACAUUGACAGCCGAGGUAGAUUGAUGAAUGGGCGCCAAGAGGCUUUGAGACCUUUUUCUGUGCUCCGUGAAUACAACAAUGAUUAUAUUACCAAGAGCGAAUACAUGAUAUCAACGCGAAUGGUCUCCGGUCUUUCUGUGAUUCCAUACAAUGAAAUAUUUAUUCGCGUGGGAGGUUUUGGUCGUAUUGUAAACAACAAGGAUGUGGCGUCCGGGAAAGACUGCUCCGAAGGUGGAGGCAUUGGACGUUCCUUUUGUAGAGGGAUUGGCUUGCCGAUUGCUCUGUUUGUACGAACGGCAACGUACGGACAUUUGAUUUCUCUACUUCGGACAAGAUCACGCAUAGUUCAUGCUUUUGGUGAACAUCACGUGAAAGGGAUUCCGUUGCUUCUCAUUGACCCAGAUCAUGGUGUCCGAGUUUUGACCGAAAACAUGCAGCUCGAAUUAUGGAAGAUUGCUUCUACCAAUCUCAACCCGUUUCAAAAUCCCGCAAUUGCGUACAAGACUACCUUGGAAAAUACAGAGCAUGUUUCUUUCCAGCAAAAGGUUGACGAGUUAAUAGAUUUGGACGAAUCGAUACAAGACAAGCUUACUCCGGGAGAACUUGCCCACUUGGCGGGCGGUUUUGGAGCCACUGACGAGAGCGUUGCCAACAUCUUGAAGCGUGUCAUGAUGGAAGAUCGCAGAAAGAACAAGAAAGGCGAAAAGGAAGAAAGCCACAAAUUACAAGACGUCGUAAACGAAGGGUUAACAUCAGCAGUAAGAUCUGGCGACUAUCACACCUCUCGACAGCUUCUAAUACUUUAUUCUUUGGUUGCAUGUCGGGCGGGUCAGAUUAUAGAUGAAGACGAUGAAACGUCGGAAGAUUCAGAGACGGAGAAAGGCGAAUGCAAUACAAACUGGGUAGGUGCACGUGGUCGCCAAAGCUCCAUGGGCAACGAUGUCGAUAUUAUGAGACGCGAUAUUGAACUCGUCUCAAAAGCCAAAAACGGUACGAAGCUUUCGUCGGGGAUCCUGGCGCCCCCGCCGCCACCUCCGCUAGAUACGGACCGGCUACGCAGCGCUACCAAUUCCGACGGAUUGUUGGCGGUACUUGGAGCUGCACAAGUUUUGAAAUCGAUGCAGGAUGGUAGUGCCAAGCAUCGAACGCUAGAAGCGGUGUCCGCUAUCGAAGAGUGGGUAACUUACGGAGAGCAGAAUAUGGCAUUUCGAAUCUCGUCGUGGUACGAUCAGCGCGCCGCCCAAGGAGAUUUGAAGAUUGCGACAGAAGACAAAACAAGUUUCCUGGCUUUUGUUAGCAACAAAGCUAUCACUAACCGCAAGAGUUUUGCGCAGAAACUGCGAAGUGCAGUUUCAUCGACGGACUUUACGGAUAUCCACUUUCUUCGAGGUAUUUACGAGAUCCUGGGACAUAUGCAUUCACCUUGUCUUCGACUCGAGUUACUACAAUAUGUUUUGGGUCUAGACAACCGCUACUCGGUGGCUCACGUCGCACGUAGUGUGGAACUAGCCGCAACUUGUUUGGGUAUUUCCAUGGAGCAUUCUUAAGAUUAGAAAAAGUCCGAACAUAGAAAACGAAUUUGCAGAAGUAACGGACCUAUCUAGGGGGUUUCUACUAC